UGCCUGAGGCGGGGGCACUGCGGGCGCGUGUGCGCCGGCCGCCUUCGCGCUGCCACCCGCGCUCCUGCCGUCCCGGUGUACGUCGGCGCGCACCUGCGUCCGCAUCCGGCUCCGGACGCUUGCGAUCUUAGUGCGACCCAACUUGGAGGGCUAAUUGCAGACCUCCACUUGUUGGACCAUGGGAUUCCACAGAGAAUGAGCCUCCCAAUCUUCUUUCAUCAGUAAGCCGCUCUUCCCAGCUGCUCUCCUACCAUCCGCUGCCCUCAUGUCUACCAUACUCCUGAAUUUGGACUUUGGGGAACCUCCAAAAAAGGCGUUUGGAGGAAAUGCCAAGCACCAACGUUUUGUUAAGAAGCGACGGUUCUUGGAACAGAGAGGAUUUCUGAAGAGAAAUAACCAACUUCCUAGCAAGGUGUCUAAAUUGCACUCAGAACCUCUAAAGAAAAGGGAAGCGUCUUCAAAAGUAGAUGGCAUUUUGAAGAUCCUUCCAUGCCCAAAAAAGGAGGAAGCUGCCUCCAAAAGGGAGUCAGAGCAGUCCACAGACAAGAAAGCAUCGUUGUCUUGGCUGACCCCUGCUCCUUCAAAGAACACUGAUUCUGUUGUGGCUAAAAUCGAUUUGCUAGGGGAGUUUCAGAGUGCCCUUCCAAAGAUUAAGAGCCGCCCAGCUUACGCUCAGAAGAAGGGCUCCAAGAAGAAGCCCUUGAAGAAAGAUGCCACAGAGAAUUCCACCCAAACUCCUUCAGAGAGUAAGGGCUCCAAGAAGCCCACACAGAAGAGUGCUGCACAGAACUCCACCCAAGCUCCUCUGGAGAAUAAAGGCUCCAAGAAGAAGAAGAAGAAGUCCUCAAAGAAAAAUGCUGCGCAAAGAUCCACCGACGCGCGCUCCGAGGAUAAGUGCCUUAAAGUCUCCCAAAACUUGCCAGGGAAGAUGGUGGCAGUCGACUGUGAAAUGGUGGGCACAGGACCCAAGGGGCGUGUUAGUUCCUUGGCCCGGUGCAGCAUUGUGAACUACAAUGGGGAUGUGCUUUAUGAUGACUACGUCCUCCCCCCCUGCCACAUCGUAGACUACCGGACCAGAUGGAGCGGCAUCCGAAAGUGCCACAUGGCUAAAGCUACACCCUUUAAGAUUGCUCGGAGUCAGAUCCUGAAGAUACUCAAGGGGAAGAUAGUGAUCGGACAUGCCAUCCACAAUGACUACAAAGCCCUACAGUACUUUCAUCCCAAGUCCCUCACCCGAGACACUUCCCAAAUACCACUCCUCAACCGGAAGGCUGACUGCCCAGAGAAUGUCACUUUGUCAUUGAAGCACCUCACCAAGAAACUGCUGCAUCGGGACAUCCAGGCUGGAAAAAGUGGACAUUCCUCAGUGGAAGAUGCCCAGGCCACCAUGGAGCUGUACAAGUUGGUUGAAGUUGAAUGGGAACAGCACCUGGCCCAGAAUCCUCCAGAAAAUUAGCAAUCCCGGGGAGACACACGCAGUAGCCCAAACCACAGUUCUGCCAGCUGCACAUCUGCAGAAGUUAGAAUUGUUGAAGAGAGGGACUUCACCAGAGACUUAAUACCCAUUGAAAUUUCAUCUCCACUGCUGUGGUCACUGUGUGGUUAAGUGCCUGAUGGAAGGGGAAACCCACCUUCCAUCCAGUCGGGUGGCACAGGCCUGUCAUCUCAGAUACUGGGAGGUUGAGACAGGUUUUAAAUUUAAGGUCAGCCUGGGCUACAGAAUUAGUUCAAGAUGUCCUGACAUAAAAAAGAGGGUCAGGAGUAAAGCUUGGUGCUAGAGCGUGUACCUAGCAUACACAAGCCCCUGGAUUCAGUAUCCACAGGGGAGUAGGAGAGGGUGGGAAGGAUGGAAUACGACAUGAUGUGUUACAGAUGGCUUACUUUUUUAAUAGUGCUAACCAAAUGUCCCAGAGUGCUUGUGCCGAUCAGCUUUCUUGACUUUGAGGAAGCAAGGCACACCAUAGAGUACAGAUUCUCACAUUAUUUUAUCCAUGGGACACAUAACAUAGAUGUGUCUCCCUUUGGUGGGGAGCGGACUAAAGGGGUUCUUGUAUUGCCAAGGUUGGCCUCAGUGUGCUCAAAGGACUUCUUCCUCAGCCCCUGAGUAACUGGGACAUGAGUGUUCACCUCUGUGCCUGGGUCUUUGAAUUUUAUGUUUUUUGUUAUAAGGUAAUUAAUAGUAUCCUUUCACUUCAGAAGUGUCCUAUGGAGGUAGGCAUGGUGGGCUGUGAUCCCAGGACUCUGGAAGCCAAGGCAGGAAGAUCAAAAGUUCAAGGCCAGUCUGAAUACAUAGAAAAGCUCUGGCUCAUAGAAGUAGAGAAGAGAAGAAAUGGAUUGUGUGGCUGGAUGCUAAAUUGUAUAGCCACGUUUACUUGAUUUAGGUUCUGUUUAGUUAACAAAGAAUUUACAUUGUUUUAAUAGUCUUUCAAUCUUUCACCUUGCAAAUGGAAUCUUUUAAAAAUUCAAAUGAUUCUUUUUAUGAAUUUUUAUAAUAGAAAACUAGUGGGAUUUUUCAUAAAGAUUAUUUUUAUUUUAUUCAUGUUUAUGUGUAGCAGACUUUCUUGGACCACCAACCAGCUCCAAAAAUCAAUACACAGAGACUUACUAAGUUAUGAAUGGUUGGUCUUAGAUUUUGCUUGUCUCAGUAGAGCUCUUACAACUUAAUUUAACCUGUUUGUCUGUUUUGUCUUGGAACUUUUUACCUUUCUUUCAUUCUAUAUGCCCUACUGUCCUGCUUCCUUCAUGUCUGUCUGCCUGGCUGGCCCCAGGCGUCACCUUCUCUUUCUCCCUCCUUCUCUCUUUUUCUCUCUGCCCACCAGCCUGCCGCCUAUCCCUACUCUGCCUAGCUAUUGACCAUUCAGCUUUUUAUUAGAUCAGUCAGGUGCCUUGGGCAGGAAAGGUAAAACAGCAACACAUCUUUCAUAGUUAAACAAUUAUUCUGCAACAUUAACAAAUGUUAAAUAAUUUUAACACAUCUUUACUCUUUUUUUUCUCAGUUUGUGGCAUAAGUCACCUCCCAUUGUUUUGUUUUGUUUUUAAAAAAUUUAUUCCACAACACAUAUGUAUGGCCUUUAAGGGUUCAGGAGAGGGUGUCAGAGCCUCUAGAACUGAAGUUCUAGAUAUUGUGAGUUUCUGGAAAAUGGGUACUGGAAAUCAAGCUGGAAUCCUCUGAAAAGAGCCAUUUCUCCAGCUCUUUUUGUCUUCAUAUUAAAUAACUUCACAAGGUGUAGAGGGUUA